AUGGAUAUUCCAAAAUAUGACGGAAAUAUUCAUCCAGAUGAAUGGAUAAACGAUAUUCAAAGAUAUCAUGAACUUAGGGGUACAGAUGAAUAUGAUAGUUAUUAUUAUUUGAGGACUGCUAUAGCAUUAGUAGAUUCUAAUAUUAUCUCACUUCCAGCUGAAAUUAAUAGUUUUGAGGAACUUAGUAAUGCACUUAAAGAGGAUAUUUCUUUUACAUUAUUUAAAUGUACAAAUAAGAGAUUAUUACAAUCAUUGAAGUAUAUUCCUGAGAGAGAAGGUGGAAAUACUUCGAAGUUUAUUUCAAAUUUUCGUAAAUUAUGUUAUAACUCCGAAAUUAAUGAUAUAGAAGAACAAAUAAAUUAUUUUUAUCGAUUACUUCCAAAUAAUGAAUAUUAUAAUUAUUUUUUGACUGAAUUUUUUAAAAGAAAAGAGAAAAUCAAAUCAAUGAAUGAUUUAGUUAAAGUAUUUACGGAAAUUGUUACAGAUGAAACAAAUUUAGUUAGAAAUGGAUCUAUUGUAGCUUUAAAACACUUUGCUACAGGAAAAUAUUUAAGUUCAAUUGACAAUUUACACUAUAAAACUGGAAGCAGAUAUCAACUGGUUUUUGCAGGCAGUCCCGAGCCUGAUCCAAAUGCUUUAUGGAAAAUUAAAUUUGAUAAAGAAUUAGCUAUAUAUAAUAAAACUUCUAUAAGCUUACAACAUAUCAAAUCUGGCAAUGUUCUUGGAUUAUAUUAUAAAACCGAUUAUGGAUAUAGUUGUAUUUAUUACAAAUCUCCGAUAACUGAACUUACAGAAGUAUGUUGUAGCAAACAAGUAAUUAGUUGGAAGUUUAAUCAUAGUAAAUUAGAAAAUCACCAGGGAUAUUUAAUGUCAAAUGAUACCAUUAAUCUUAGCAUUAUUAAGCAUGGUAAUUCUCAAAAUUCAUUUUUACGUAGUCAUGAUGUUCAAUUUACUAUUGGAAAUGAUACUUUUCAAGAAGUUGUUUGCCAUAGUGAAAGAUUAGGAGGAAAUGAUGAAUGGUGCAUUGAACUUAUUAAACAAGGUUGA